AUGGAAUCGUUGAAUGAAUAUGUAUUAUAAUUUAUUGAAUAAUAACGAUGCCAUCGUCAUCCAUUAGAGAAGGCAAAAAUGAUAAAAUUGAAAUGUAAUUUCCGUGAUUCAUUCAUUUGUACAUAAUGUAUAGAGAAUGAUAGUCAUAUUUAAAUGAUGUCAAUGAAGAGAGCUUCAGAUUUAUUAACGAAUUUCAUAAAGUUUGAUUGGAAAUAACCUUAACAAAAAACUUAGUAAAUAAAAGAUAAAUAAUUAUAAUUUACUGAAAUAUUCAAUAAUCUGUUACAAUUAUUGGAGACCUAAAUAAAUGAACGAGAUUAGAAAACUUAGAAUUUAUAGAAGAAUUACUAUUAGAAGUUGAAUGAAAUAGAAAGAAUAACAAGACAUUUGACUUCUGAUGCAAAGAUUGAUACAAAAAUAAAAGAUGUGAAUUUAAUGGAGAGAUAAACAUAAUUAUCUGAUAAUUUGAAAUCUUCUCUUCUUUUAUUAUUGUAAAAUGAUGAAUUAUUAUUAACAUGUAAUUAAAAGGAAUAUAAAUUGUUUAAUUAAAAAUUGGAUAAAAGACUUGUUAUUUUAGAUGAAAUACUUUAAGAUAUGACAUCUUAAAUAUAAUAAUAAAUGGAUGAAUUUAAUUAAAAUAUGUAGAAUACAUCAAUAUCUCGUAAAUUAUCAAAUGCUGACCCUUUUACAGGAACUUAAUCAAUUUUAGCAUCACCAAAAAUGAAUUUAAGUCCAAGUUAAAGAUAAUUAUUUAUAUCAACAUUUAGUAGUUAAUUAUCUAAAACUUUUUUGAAUCCAUUUACAUUUAAAUAAGUUCAUUCUUAAUUUAAAUUAAUAAGUCCUACAAGAUUAUUGGUACCACAAAAUUAAGGGAAUAAAACAAAUAAAACAAGAUUAGCUUUAAUAGGACCUCGUUUAUAAGAGGGACCUCUAAAACCACCAAAAUCAAUAACAUUUAGUAUCUAAUAAUAAAUAUUGUAAACAUUUUAAAUAGGAGUUUGUGAAACAGGAUCUGUUGAAUUGGAUCCUAUAAAACCACAUAAAUUGUUUUUUGCUUCUAAAUUUCCUUUUUUUAAUCGUGGAGAUUAAUUAACUCUUACUGUUAAUCCUGCAACUGGUUUAAUUCAAUUGGUUAAAAAUAAAGCAUUUAAUCAACCUGUUCAAGCAGAAUUGUAAAUAGAUUGUUGGACUAAUAUGGUUUUUGUAGUGGCAUCAUAAGAUUGUGGAGGUUCAGGAGAAAUACAUAUUAUAUAUGAUGAAUGAAAGAAGCUAUAUAUAUUUUUAAAAAUAAAAAGAUCGUUAAGG